AUGGGCUCCUCAGACGCCUCAGCCCACUUUCCCCCACCAGCCAUUCGCAAGAUCCUGGAAGAAGUGACAACUCUCCUCAAGGAACGCAACCAAACUAUCGCCAUUGCCGAGACCGCAGCUGGAGGUCUUCUCUCCUCAUCAAUCCUCUCCACACCUGGAGCCUCCAAAAUUUACAAGGGCGGCUUAACACUGUACACCCUCCCGUCCCGAAUUGCAUACGCUGGUUGGAAUGAUGAGAACUUGAAGGACUACAAGGGUCCUACCCCAGACAUUGUUGCUGGACUGGCGAAACACGUGAGAGGGGAACUCAAGGCAGACUAUGUGAUUGCCGAGUCAGGAACUGCUGGUCCUACUGGUGGUGACACGAGAAACAGAACGCCUGGAUAUGUUGCACUAGCUGUAGACUGCGAGAAGGGCACCUUCACCAGGGAAGUCGAGACAGGGCUUGGAGGCGACAGAGUCGGAAAUAUGGUUGCCUUUGCCGAAGAAGGCUUGAAAUUGGUCAAGGAUGUCAUUAACGGAGAUGCCAAGUUGUGA